CGAUGUAGCGCACUUACCUGCUAUGUGUCCAAGCUAGGCAGAGAAAUGAAAACAACCAGAAGUGAAACUUGAGAUGCCUUCAAGACAACAUUUUUAGGAAUAUAUCCGCCGAAGUUACGCCAAGGUGCCGCGAGACGCUGGUUUCAGGCUCUGACGUCAAGUGGACGAUGCUCUACCACAGCUACAUCUGUGUGUUUCUGUUGGGGUUGUACUGUUGUGGAUGUGUCCCAUGUGUGUCUGCCUGCAAACACGAGCCAGAGACCCCAGACUGGAGGUUGACUCUGAAGACUAUCCGUAACGGAAUACACAAGAUUGACACGUACCUGAACGCAGCACUGGACUUGUUUGGAGGCGAUGACGGACUGUGUCAUUACAGGUGUAGUGAUGGUUACAAGCCGGUGCCUCGUCCCGGGUACAAGCAACCACCACCCAACGGAUGUGGCUCCCCGCUGUUUGGAUUUCAGGUAGGCUGA